GCCGGGACCCGGCUCCCAGGCCCAGCCCCGCCGAGUGCCGGCGAGCGGAGGCGGCCCCGGCGCCGCCCGCGCCCGAGCGCGUGUGCGCGGCCGCCGCCCCCUCGGCCCUCCCCUCGGCCCUCCCCUCGGCCCCCUCCGCCCUCGCGCGCCGCCCGCCCGGGUCGUGGCGGGGCCGUGGUGUACGUGCAGAGCGCGCAGAGCGAGUGGCGCCCGCACGCCCUGCGCUCCUCCACAGGCCCGGCCGGGCGACCGCGGACGUUAAGGCGGCGGCGGCGGCCGGUCUCGCGCGCCGGGCCCCGCGUGUCCGAGCGGAGGUCUCUGUCCGCCGCGCAGGCCGCGGUGCCCCAGCUCGCGGCAGCGAUGAGGCGCUGAGGCGGCCGCCGGCGCUGCGCGGCCGGACCCGAGGACGAGGAAGCGGCCGGGCCGAGGGCGCGGGGCGCCGGCCUCCCUCAGGCGGGGAGUGGCGGGUGCAUGGCGCAGUGACGGCCUCUGUCGCUCCGCCCGCUCCCCGUCCCCGGGCGAGGCCCUCCGGCCGCCACCUCUCCUGCUCGGCUACCGCCUCCGCCGCCGCCGCCAUGGCUAAUGACAGCGGCGGGCCCGGCGGGCCGAGCCCGAGCGAGCGAGACCGGCAGUACUGCGAGCUGUGCGGGAAGAUGGAGAACCUGCUGCGCUGCAGCCGCUGCCGCAGCUCCUUCUACUGCAGCAAGGAGCACCAGCGCCAGGACUGGAAGAAGCACAAGCUCGUGUGCCAGGGCGGCGAGGGCGCCCCCGGCCACGGAGCGGGCCAGCACCGGCACCCCGGCCCCGCGCCCGCCGCCUCCGCGCCGCCGCCCAGGGCCGGCGGGGCCGGGGCCAGGGAGGCCAGGAAGGCAGCGCCGCGCCGGGACAGCGCCGCCGAAAAGGCGGGCCCGCGGGCCGCCGGGGACUCGGCCAUGGCAAAGGCCAAGCCCGCGGCCGACCCCGCUGCGGCCGCGUCCCCGCCUCGCGCGGCUGCCGGCGGCCAGAGCCAGGCGGCGGCGGUCGAGGCGGAGCCCGCGAAGGAGGAGGACCCGGAGAAGACGAACCUGUACCCGCCCAGCCACACGCCGGGCGAGGGGCUGAGCCACGGCGGCGGCCUGCGGCCCAACGGGCAGACGAAGCCGCUGCCGGCGCUGAAGCUGGCGCUGGAGUACAUCGUGCCGUGCAUGAACAAGCACGGCAUCUGUGUGGUGGACGACUUCCUGGGCAAGGAGACCGGGCAGCAGAUCGGCGACGAGGUGCGCGCCCUGCACGACACCGGCAAGUUCACGGACGGCCAGCUGGUCAGCCAGAAGAGCGACUCGUCCAAGGACAUCCGAGGCGAUAAGAUCACCUGGAUCGAGGGCAAGGAGCCGGGCUGCGAAACCAUCGGGCUGCUCAUGAGCAGCAUGGACGACCUGAUCCGCCACUGUAACGGGAAGCUGGGCAACUACAAAAUCAACGGCCGGACGAAAGCCAUGGUUGCUUGUUAUCCUGGCAAUGGAACGGGUUAUGUGCGUCAUGUUGAUAAUCCAAAUGGAGAUGGAAGAUGUGUGACGUGUAUAUAUUAUCUUAAUCAAGACUGGGAUGCCAAGGUAAGUGGAGGUAUACUUCGAAUUUUUCCAGAAGGCAAAGCCCAGUUUGCUGACAUUGAACCCAAAUUUGAUAGACUGCUGUUUUUCUGGUCUGACCGUCGCAACCCUCAUGAAGUACAACCAGCAUAUUCUACAAGGUACGCAAUAACUGUUUGGUAUUUUGAUGCAGAUGAGAGAGCACGAGCUAAAGUAAAAUAUCUAACAGGUGAAAAAGGUGUGAGGGUUGAACUCAAUAAGCCUUCCGAUUCCAUCAGUAAAGACGUCUUAUAGAGCCUUCAGUCCAGCAAACCCCACUCCAUCUACAAGAAUUGUUGGCGCUCUUCGUUAACUUGUGACUACAAAUAAAUGGGAUAAAGAAAAAUAGACAACCAGGUGGCAUUUUAAUAAGGAAACAGAAACAACUUGGUCGUGUUGCCUCAGAAAGAAGAUUGUGACUGUGACUUUGUACUACAUGACUUUCCAAACCUGGGAUUGCUCAUGGGAAGGAUACAAGCUACCGGCUGAAAACGGGGGCGACAUCUGGACGUGAAAUAAGUACCCUAGGUAGAAGUUUUUCAUUCUUAUGUUUUGCCAGAUCUGUCAUCUAGAGGAGUUCAUUUCAUCUCUCCCUUUUUUAUAUAGUCGUUUGAAUUUGAAGUAAUUUUUGUAUGAUCAGGUACAAUACAUCAAAACUGAAUUGAGAAAAAAGUACAGUAUUACUCCCCCAAAUAGCAUCGAUCUAUUUUUGUAAACUUGUUCGAACUAUUAAAUUUUGCCCUAAAAAAGACCUCUUAUCAUGAUUGUUGCCAGUGA